UUGCGACAUUUCCGGUCUCCGCCGUGUGCCAUUUUGCUUUACGAUAGUUGUGACAAACCAGAAGUGUACAAGCUGCAGUUAUUUAGGAAGACAGGUAUUUCUUCUACCUGCAGGCGAACAAAACACGAAAUAACCAGAGAUACGACAACUCGACGACUGUCACACACCUGCCAAAGGAUACGACUAUAACUAUAACAUAACGAUGCGAGAAACAACAAGACAUUUCUGACAGCUGGCGUUCACCGAGCUCAACUAAAUUAGCUAAAAGCUAGCGGAGCCAGUCUGUUAGCGUUGAUCCUGCUGAACAUGGUUUGAGUCUUAGACACUUUCAAUGUGACAUCCGAACACUUUCAACCUGACUCACAGCUGGGCUUCCAUCGUUCAAACACCAUGUGGCUCCAGCAGAGGCUGAAGGGGCUGCCGGGUUUGUUAUCGAGCAGCUGGGCUCGGAGACUUCUCAUCGCGCUGCUGCUCUUCCUCAUCUCGUCCUGGUACCUGGGAGCAGGGCGCAGCUGGAGGCUUCUCAGGGGCCCAGCCGGGCCCGAGGGGGCCGCCGGACAGUGUCUGCUGGCUGAGAUCCACAGGUGGAAGUCUCUGGUGGACCGAGGAGAGGGGAUAUACAGCACACCUCAGGAGCAACUACACACACCUUUUGUAUCCGGUAACGGACAUAUUCUGAUUGACAUCGACUCUAACAAACUGUGGGUAGCGUCGUCUUCACAGCCCGGCUCGGCUCCGGUCCACCAGACCGAAUACUCCCCGAGAGUCAGCGUCCAUCUGGAGGGGACGCGGGCCGAGGCUCAGGCCUCCAUGCUGUGGUUCCGGAAAGGAGCCGUGUUGUCGGUCCGCUGUGCCUCCCCGGCCGCCCUGCAGUCAGUCCGGGACUGCAUCACCAUCAGAGAGGAGUUCAUCGCCCACAGAAGCCGGACUAACGUCUAUCUGCAGCGAAUACACAUCAACAAUCCGUCUGACAGGCCCGCCUCCCUGGACGCCUCCUAUGACAGCCCCCACUUUGGAAGCAAGUUCUCCACCAGUGUGGAGAAAGUGGAGGACAGGGAGGUUGUGAUCUUCUCCGGCAGAGUGCCUGUGGAGAGUAACCAGAUGGUGCUGGUGGUGGUGGUCACCAAGAAGCUGAACAGCAGGAUCCAGGUCUCUGCUAAAUCAGAGUACACAGACAAUAUCCUGUCAGUGGUGUGGACCUCCGAGCCCAUCGAGUCCUCCAAGCUGGAGGAGACGUUCAGCACUCUCCGAGAGGGAGCCAAAAAGGAGCUGGUGGAGCUGCUGAGGGCCAGCGUGGAUGAGCUGGUGGUAGAUCACCAGCAGGCUUGGAUGGACCUCUUCAUUUCAGGUGUUGAAAUGAGGAAGAUCACUGACUCCCACACACCAUCAAGCCGCACAGUGAACACCACCCUCUACUACAUCCUGUCCUCCUCCACAACUCCCCUGCUGGACCGAAGGCUGAGCAGCGAGGAGCGUGCUCGUCUGGAGUCAAGCCUCAACUAUGCUGACCACUGCUUCAGUGGCCACGCCACCAUGCAUGCAGAAAAUCUGUGGCCUGAGCGGGUGAGCAGCACCGCUCAAAUCCUCCAGCUAGUUACGCUAUGGACUCUGACUCUGCAGAAGAGAGGCUGCAAAGUGCUUGUGGCAGCUGGAGCCCACGGAGCCAUGCAGGGCAUGGUGCUCAGCUUCGGCGGCCUUCAGUUCACAGAGAACCACCUGCAGUUCCAGGCUGAUCCGGACGUUCUGCACAACAGCUACGCCUUGAGAGGGAUCCACUACAACCAGGACCUCAUUAACCUGGCUGUGCUGCUGGAUGUGGAGGGGAAGCCUUUUCUUCAUGUGUCGGUGAAGCAGCAAGAGAAGCCGGUGAAACUGUACGCCUGUGAGGCUGGCUGCCUCAACGAGCCUGUGGAGCUGACAUCAGAGAUCAAAGGUCACACCUUCCCUGUAAUGGUGACCCAACCCAUCACACCACUGCUCUACAUCUCCACAGAUCUGCGCCACCUGCAGGACCUCCGCCACACCUUGCACCUCAAGGCCAUCCUGGCACACGAGGAACACAUGGCCAACAGGUACCCAGGCCUGCCCUUCCUCUUCUGGUUCAGCGUGGCCUCGCUCAUAACGCUCUUCCACCUUUUCCUCUUCAAGCUCAUAUACAACGAGUACUGUGGCCCCGGCGCAAAGCCCCUCUUCAGGAGCAAGGUCACCAGAAAAAAUGAAGAUGGCUGCGGUGAUACCAGGAACUCUGCUUGAACGCUACACAGCUAACAUGGGUGUGCUGGUGCUGAAUCUGAAAUGAGGCCACGCAUUUGUCCUCAAUGUGUCACAGUUUGCACUGAUAACUAUUAAUUUUUUUACUGCAUGACUCUGCAUUUUGAAGGAAUGUCAUCUACUGUGGAGUGAUACAAUUGAGAGAUUUGCUGGUGAGAAGAUGUAGAGGCACCUAGGUUUGUCCCAGAGACCGAUUUCAUAUAUUUAAAUUGAUUGUUUUGUCCAACCAGCUGUCCGAAACCCAAAGAACAUUAGUUUAAUAUAAUAUAAAACAAACAAACAAAAUGCAGGAAAUACUCACAUUUGAAAAGCUCUAACCUGUAAAUGGUUUGCCUUUUUGCAUAAAGGGUUCACAAUUGUUCAAGUCUGUCUUAAAACAGUCAGGAGCCCAAAAUGAAUGUUGAAACAGGUUUUUCCUGCUGUAAUC